AUGUGGGCCUGGGUCUUUUUAGUUCUGGCAGCUGCUGAUGACGCCAAUGAUGCCAGCUGCCAUUUAGAACUCCGCCGUGAAGUGAACGAAGCCGGGGAGAAGAGGAGUUUCUUGGAGACAAUUCCGAAGAAUAGUGGUGUGUUCCAUUAG